AACCAAGAGGCAGCAGAGAGCACAACACGCUCAAACAGAAGAAAAUGGAGAACAACGAAGAGCCACAAGCGCCGCCGCUAGUGCCGAGGGUGGCGGUGGUUGUAUUUCUCUUGAAGGGAAGAUCAGUCCUUCUCGGCCGCCGCCGCUCCUCCGUCGGCAACUCUACCUUCGCACUUCCCGGCGGCCACCUCGAAUUCGGGGAGAGCUUCGAGGAAUGCGCGGCGAGAGAAGUGAAAGAGGAAACAGGGUUGGAGAUAGGGAAAGCAGAGUUGUUAACUGUGACGAACAAUGUGAUGUUGGAGGAGAAGGAAAGGAAGUUGCAUUACGUGACCAUCUUCACGAGGGUAGUGGUGGAUGUGAAUAUUGCACAAGAGCAAGUGCCACAGAAUCUUGAGCCAGACAAGUGUGAUGGUUGGGAUUGGUAUGACUGGGAUCAUUUGCCACAACCAUUAUUUGGGCCUUUAGAGAAAAUGGUCAAAGGAGGUUUUGAUCCCUUUCCUCUCUGAUUCUAUGUGGUUUUCUAUUUAUUCCCCCCUAUCUCCCCCUUUUUUGUGUGUAUUAAUGGAAUGAAUUUUUUUGACUUGUAUGUUUAGAUGUUAUUGAGACCAUAUGUGGCUGAUAUGUUUGAAAUCUACUAGGAAGGUAUUUGGUUUUUUUUUUUUUUUUUUUUUUUUUCCGGGUAAUUGGUUUUAUGUAAGGGUGUGAACUCUCGUUUUCAUUUGCAGUAAU